AACACAGAGCUCCGACCACCAUUGGUUGAACACGUGUCUGGGGCGUUUCACUGGGACAGCCCGGUUGUGUCCGGGUAAGAUGGCGUUGGAAGAGCAGUGCUCGGCACCACCUCAAUGGCGGUCCAUAUCUUUGACACACGUAGAAUUCCCCGAGGGUGAUCUGACGGGGAAUGUGCUGGCCUACAUCAGUCUCCUACCCAUAGCAAUUCUUGUGGGUUUUGUUACACUUAUAGUGUUUAAACGGGAGCUGCACACGAUUUCUUUCUUUGGUGGGCUCAUCCUGAAUGAAGGGGUAAACUGGCUGCUUAAGAACAUACUCAGAGAGCCACGCCCAUGUGCAGGAACACACUCCAACCUGCACACAGAUUAUGGGAUGCCCUCCAGUCACUCCCAGCUCAUCUGGUUCUUUGUUGUUUACUUCUUUCUUUUCCUUUAUUUAAGAAUGCAUCAAACCAACAAUGCUAGAUGUGUGGACCUGCUGUGGAGACACAUACUGUCCAUCAUCCUGUUGGGAGUCGCCUUCUCAGUCUCAUACAGCAGGGUCUACCUGUUGUAUCACACCUGGAGCCAGGUUUUCUAUGGCGGAGUGACCGGUUGUACGAUUGGCAUUGUCUGGUUCUUUUUCACACAAGAGGUGUUGACACCAUUAUUCCCGAAAAUAGCAGCGUGGCCAAUAUCAGAGUACUUCCUGGUGCGAGACACAAGCCUGAUCCCCAACAUCUUAUGGUUUGAGUAUACAGUGACCAGAUCAGAGGCAAGGAACAGACAACGAAAGCUCGGAACCAAGCUUCAGUGAUCCGCACAUUUCUUUUGUGAAACUGAAUUUAGGACCACAUCACACACCACACACACACGUACACAGACGCCACACACUGACACUCAAAACACAAAACCAACGCUCACCGACAAAAAAACACACUGGAGAACCAUCUUCUGGACUGACGUGGUUGCGAGGGAAAGAGGGGGCAGAAACCGUUUACAGGUGGCGAUAAGAGUGCCUGGACCUGACCCCGGAGCCUACAGCUUGAGCGAGUCCGUCCACACGCCUCUCCUCCUUGUACAGCUUGCCCACAAUGCUCUUCAGUGCAUGCAAGACUGCGCAAGAGGCAUACUAUUUAAUGAUAGAUUAAUAUAUAUAUUUUAACUAUAAACGCACGCUGACAGUAACAGUGUACUGUAAGAGAGAGGAGGAGAGAAGGAGGCUCUGGUCAGACACAUCGGUGGGCGUCAUUGCAGCAUGUAUUUAGUGAUUCCUCCUUUUUUUUUUUUUACUCUUCUGAUGGGUAGCUGGUGGGAGGGGGGGGUUGGGUAAUGGCUAGUUUUUUCCAUUUUUCAUUGUUAUAUAAUAGAAUAAGAAGAAUUUCUUUAAAAAAAAAAUUGGUAAUGAUGUAAUAUAAAGGAAAAUUUGCACUUUGUGAAAUAAAAAAAAAAAGACGACUAACACUAGUUAGAUGUUAAGAUCCUCCCCUUUUUUCCCCUCAUCAGUCUUUUGCUUUGUAUCUAUGACUGUCAGCCCUAAUAUAAUAGACUCCAAAGCUGAUCUGCAAACUGUGUAAAUUGACUGUACCUUCUGUACUAUUAAGCAUCCAGGUUGUGGUUUCUCUUCAUAUCCACGUGAGGAUUAGGAGACUCACUCGCAGCAGCAGUUUUUUUCUGUUGUUUUUGUUGUCGAACACUUUGGACUGAGUUGUGUUUGUGAGCGCCUCACUCACAGUAGCAGCCUGGGAACCGAAUUCUGGGAAACCAUUAUCAUUUUUUUUUUUAAAUUCAGUGUCUUUUUAUCUUGUUUUCUGCUGUUGCAACAAACAGUUUUCCUUUUUUUUUUUUUAAACUGCAUUUCUGAAAUAACAUUCCAUAUCACUUAGUGAGAAAUCGUACAUAUAAUGACUGCCGAGGGGGAUGUGUUUUCUUUUUGUAUUAGUUCAGAUGAAGAAGGAAAAAAAAAAAAAAAGCCUCAGGUCAGUCGUAGCAUGCGAUUAUGCUUAAUAUCCUCACAGCCCACAGCAGCUGAUGUUGAAAGCUGUCCAGUGAGCACCUGAAGCUGAUAUCAAACCGUCAUAUCAUUAGCUCCACAAAGGGAAGUAGUUCUCUUAGAAUUUAAUUUUUUUUCAUGUGUUACCUAUAUCAGGCUGAAUAAAAAUGUGUUUAUGUACAAGA